AUGCCGGAUAACUCCGGAGGCUAUCAGGAGCCGCCAUCGAGUGAGAAUUCACCCUGCGUCAGGUGUCUGACUUACCUUUCAUCCCUCAGGUCUUACGACAAUCCUGUACAAAUCUUUUUAGUCCUGUUGGUGGCGGGGACCUGUACCGGGUUUGCAAACCGGGGUGCUCUUGGGGUUCCCUGGAGGUUCCUCAGGGCCCAUUCUGGGGGCGAGUUGGGCGAUGGGAACUGUUUAUUUUUGAAGAAACUGUUCAUUUGUCAUGUAGAGUUUACUGCACUCUGGGGUUUGCUGAUUGUAUCUUUCUGGAAUAUUUUGAAGACAAUUGCCCUGGGUCAGAUGUUGUCCUUGUGUAUAUGUGGGACAGCCAUCACCAGCCAGUACCUGGCAGAAAAAUACAAAGUGAACACCCCCAUGCUUCAGAGUUUUAUCAACUAUUGCUUGCUGUUUCUAUUUUAUACAGGGAUACUGGCGUUUCAAUCAGGUAGCGAUAACCUUUUAACCAUCUUGAAGAGAAAAUGGUGGAAGUACAUCCUGCUUGGGCUAGCAGAUGUGGAAGCUAAUUACCUGAUUGUCAAAGCAUACCAGUACACCACUCUAACCAGUGUCCAGCUUUUGGACUGCUUUGGGAUCCCUGUGUUGAUGGCUCUCUCGUGGUUUAUUCUUUAUGCAAGAUACCGAGUGAUCCACUUCAUUGCCGUCGCUGUGUGUCUGCUGGGCGUGGGGACCAUGGUCGGUGCAGACAUACUAGCGGGAAGGGAAGACAAUUCAGGUAGUGACGUCCUGAUUGGUGACAUCUUGGUCCUUCUUGGGGCUUCCCUCUAUGCUGUUUCUAACGUGUGUGAAGAAUACGUUGUGAAGAAGCUGAGCAGACAGGAGUUUUUAGGGAUGGUGGGCUUAUUCGGAACCAUUAUCAGCGGCAUACAGCUAUUGAUCGUGGAAUAUAAGGAUAUUGCCGGCAUUCAGUGGGACUGGAAGAUUGCCCUGUUGUUUGUGGCAUUUGCACUCUGUAUGUUCUGCCUGUAUAGCUUCAUGCCGCUGGUGAUUAAAGUCACGAGUGCCACUUCUGUCAACUUGGGCAUCCUGACAGCUGACCUCUACAGCCUUUUCUUUGGACUCUUUCUGUUUGGCUAUAAGUUCUCCGGGCUCUACAUCCUGUCCUUCACCGUCAUCAUGGUGGGCUUCAUCCUGUACUGCUCCACCCCGACGCGCACGGCUGAGCCGCCAGAGAGCAGCGUGCCGCCCGUCACCAGCAUCGGCAUCGACAACCUAGGGCUGAAGCUUGAGGAGAACCUGCGGGAGACUCACUCCACCGCCUUGUAG